AAGAAAAUCAGCCAAACAUUUUAGUUUAUUUAUUUAUAGUUUCUUUCUCUGCUUAAAAAAAAAAAAAAGUAAGAAACUUCCAAUUAUCCAAUCUAUGGUGGUUGAAGAAAGUAAGAAACUAUAAAUGUCUCUCGGAAUUGCUUGCGUGGAAAUUGUUGUCGUGUUUUUGUUAUGCACUUUUCUGAGACGAAUCCCUAGCUCCCUUCCGGUCCUCUGCAUUAAUUCCAGUGGAGCAUAUGGAUGAUAGUAAAGAAUCAUUAACUGAUGCCAAUGAAGCAGAAGCCACUACUUCAACGCUCAUUGCUGGUCUUCCAGAUGACAUAUCUCUUUGCUGCUUGGCACGAAUUCCUAGAAAACAUCAUUCAGUCCUGAAGUGUGUCUCAAAGAGAUGGAGGGACUUAGUUUGCAGUGAAGAGUGGUAUCAAUAUCGCCGAAAGCACAAACUUGAUGAGACCUGGAUCUAUGCUUUGUGCAGGGGUGAAUUAGAAGAUCAGAUUUGCUGCUAUGUUUUGGAUCCAAACUCAUCAAGAAGAUCUUGGAAGCUUAUUCCGGGGCUUCCGCCUCGCAUGUUGAAGAGAAAAGGCAUGGGAUUUGAAGCUUUAGGAAAUAAACUAUUCUUAUUUGGAGGUUGUGGGUGGUCUGAAGAUGCUACUGAUGAGGCCUAUUCUUAUGAUGCUUCCACAAACACUUGGGUUGAAGCUGCUUCCUUGUCAACUGCUAGGUGCUACUUUGCUUCUGAAGUUUUAGGUGAGAAGUUAUAUGCCAUUGGAGGAAUAGGUUCAAAUUCAAGUGAUCCUCAUUCUUGGGAUACUUUUGACCCUUGCACAAAUACUUGGAUAUCUCAUAGAGAUCCCAAUAUUGUUCCCGAAAUAGAAGAUUCUGUAGUGAUGGAUGGGAAGAUAUACAUCCGGUGCGGCAAAUCUCCGGUAACUCACCGCGUGUAUGGCGUUGUAUAUGAUCCGUCAAAUGGCACAUGGCAGCAUGCUGAUACUGAGCUGGUAUCAGGAUGGAGCGGUCCUGCAGUUGUUGUUGAUGGAGUCCUUUAUGUUUUGGAUGAGAGUUCAGGAACGCGAUUAAUGAUGUGGCAUAAGGAGAGGCAGGAAUGGUUGCCCGUUGGAAGAUUUUCGCCGCUGCUUACAAGGCCUCCGUGCCGGGUUGUUGCAGUCGGUAAGACCAUCUUCGUUGUUGGCAGAGGACUUAGCACUGUGGUUGUUGAUGUUGGUGAUUUGGGAAAUAUUGGAAAGAGGGUUAUGAUUGGUUCUUCCAUUCCAAAAUUAAUGUCUGCUUCCAAUGUAAUUAGCUGUAAAUGCUUGGCAAUAUGAAGAAAGAAUGAGAUUCUUUUCAACAGUUAAUCAUUGUUAGUGAAGUUAAAGUAAAGCACAUGUAUUAAUGGUGCAUAAUUCUGAAUGUAUGUGUUUGUAUUCAAGUGUGUACCUUUGUUGAACAACAUUGCAUGUUGUAACAAAAAAGAUGUAUGUAUUAUAGAGUAUGCUUUUAUCUGCUUC